AUGAGCUCUAGAAAACUACAAAAGGAAAUCGAGAAUACCUUUAAAAAGAUCAAUGAAGGGUUGGAGUCUUUUAAUUAUCAUUAUGAGCGACACCAAGACCUAAAUGGCCAAGUACUAGAUCGUAACUUGGAAAGUCAGAAAGAAAAGUUGGAAACUGACUUGAAACGAGAGAUCAAAAAGCUACAAAAGAAUCGAGAAUUGAUUAAGAAUUGGCAACUGAAUGAUAGUGUUGAAGUGGUGGUAACAAGGAACAAGCUUCAAGAGUAUCGAAGGUUUGUUGAAGAAGCCAUGGAGAAGUACAAAGAGGUGGAGAAGUCUUCCAAAAUGAAGUCUUUUUCCAAUCAAUCGAUCAUGUUAGCAACCCUCGAAGAUUCUCAGCAUCUAACGAAAGAAGCCAUUGAAGUGAUAGGCUUUUUGGAGGACAGUAUUGAAGAAAUAAACCAGCAAAUAGAAACCUUGGAAGCUGAUUACGAAAAGAUUUCAAGCCGAAAGACAAAAAAGAAUUCAUCCGUGGAGUCUGAAAAGCAAGAGAUUGAAACCUCAUUGAGUAGGAACCGAUUUCAUUUGGAAAGCUUUGAAAAAAUCAUUGACUUCGUAAAGCAAAGACAAAUAGAUCCAGAGCUUGUGGUGAAAAUUCAAGAUGACAUAAACUUCUAUUUGGAGUCCAACCAAGAACCUGACUUCAUAGAUGAUGAAGCAUUAUAUGAUGAGAUUAUUCAACAAGCGGAAUCCAAGUAUACUUAUGUUCCUAAGCAAGACGAAAAUACCCUUCAAGAUAUCAUCGAGAACUAUAAUAAUGAAUCCAAUGGACAAGCCGCUAGUGGCACUACUCAAAACAGCAAUGCCAACGCCCCAGCAGCAACCAUACCAACUUCCAAGAAACAGCCACAAAUAGCUUCUAAGUCCAAAUCACCCACUCCUAUCACGCCAACUAAGAAAUCUGUGGAAGCAACCACUCCUAUAAAGAAUAGGGGAUCAACCCCAGAUAUUGAUAUUGUUCAAAAGUUGAAACCAGCUGCAACCCCUUCAAAGGUUUCAGGAGAAGUUGCUUGGUCUUCAGUUGCCCGAGUCAAUGCAGCCGUUGCUGGCAUUAGUGCUGCUCCGUCAUCUGUAGAAUCCGAACGGGCUUCUUUGGUGAACAAUGGGAGUAACAAUUCCAGUAAGAAAACAACUAAUGAUUCAAGUGUUCUGUUAGAAAGUGGAAUUACUGAUGAUACUUCUGUGCACAAUUUGGAAUUUAAUGGAUCAUUGAACAAGCUGGAGAUUACCAAUGAGCUUUUGAAUACUCAAUCAGAAGAUCCGAUCUUCCCAUAUGUCAAAGUAUUGGUCAAUUCUGGUUUGUCAUCGAGUGAAUUAAAAGUUUGCUCUGAUUACAACUUGACAAAAGUUCCUCCGGGUAUUCAGAGUUUGAUUCUUUCUUUCACGUCAACCAGGAACAUCAAAUCAAGUGAUGAGCAUUCUGAUUACAAUGAACAAGGAAAAUUAUUGCAUAGUUCUCCCGAUUCUGAUCAAUUAUUCUUGCCCAUUCGAAAGCCAUACAUUCCAAUUGGUGUUCAAAACUCCUACUAUCAGCAUACCAGUCCAUUUACACACACUCAAUUUGUGAAACCACCUCUUCAUUUAUUGACUUACCAGAAUACCUGGGACAAGAUCAGAGCCACUGGCUCGUAUGAUUUAUUUGUGUCUGAUAUUUUAGGUUUGAUUGAGAACCAGAAGAAUGCUGUUUUAGCCGGUCAAGCAAGUAUGAAUAUGGCAGUGGUGAAUGAAUUGAUGAUGGCAUUCUUUUAUGGGUUUUUCUAUGGGUUAACGCCAUUGGAAAAUUUGCUAGCUGAAUCAAAGUUGUUUCAAUUGGGGUGGAAACCUUACACCAUCAAAGCUGUGAACCAACUUCUUCUUCAAACUCCAGGAUCGUUGAACUCAGACAAAUACUACUAUUGGGUUAGAAAUAUGAAGUCCACAACUGGUACCCAAGAACAAAUCGAGUUUGGUGACUAUCAAAUUUUUGAUUUGAGCUCAUGGGAGAUCCACCUUAAGCUUGGAUUUAGAUUGGAUAAUAGUUUGGCGGAAUCCAAUCCGAUGCCAGUUUUAGCUUAG